CUGCCAUUGGUCUAUUCAACAGAUAGUCCCGCCUUCAGACCCACGGGAUUGGUUGCACCGAUGUUAUGUUGCGGUGCUCAACCAAACAGCAGCGGUUGGAUAGCACCACGUUUUGGAGGAAUCGGCGUACAAAUUACUUCUAAAUUGAUUCUGCAUAUUAAGCUCAAAUAGCAGGAUUAUAUAAAGUUUAAUACAAAGUAUCUUAACGUAGUCUUUAAGUUGAGUUUGACUUGUAAAGUCUUCUUUAGCUCUGAAUCUGCCUGUCUCGGCUGGCUUCAGUCAAGUUGUGGCUGGCUGGGGGAAAGCAGUGCACUCACCAGUCACCUCUGCAGGAUCAGUUUUCAGGAAUGUUCUGCUAAUGUUUGAUCAACCUCUGCAGAUUUCUGCAUCACUUGAAGGCCACGGCAGCUGACGAUGAAGCGAAACCGUGUCCCGAGCACCAGUGAGGACUCAGAUAAUGGAACACAAGAUUCAGCAGUCGUACUGUCUCUUUCAGGUAACUCCACAUCCUGGUCUCAGCAUUCCAACUCCAAGCACAUGAAACAGAAUGGAAAAAGACCCUCAGAGGUGUUCAGGACAGACCUGAUCACUGCUAUGAAGCUGCAUGAUUCAUACCAGCUGAAUCCAGAGGAUUAUUAUGAGCUGGCAGAUCCCUGGCGGCAGGAGUGGGAGAAAGGGGUUCAAGUCCCUGUUAGUCCCGACUCCAUACCGCAGUGUACAGUGCGCACUGUAGCUGAGAAAUCCCCCGCUCCUCUGUUCAUCAGGCCGAAGAAGCUGAUUCGCUCAUCUGAGUCAUCGAUGCUGGGAUACGUGGGUAUUCAGACGCUAGCUGAUGGCAUGUGUCGUUAUGACCUGAAUGAGGAGGACGUAGCUUGGAUGCAGAUUGCUAACGAGGAGUUCAGCAAGAUGGGCAUGCAACUCCUGGAUGAGCUGACAAUGGAGCGGGUCAUGGAGAAGUUUGAGCACCGUUGCUAUGACAACAUGAGCCACGCCAUGGAAACGGAGAAGGGGCUUGGCAUCGAGUACGAUGAAGACGUGGUGUGUGACGUUUGUCAGUCCCCUGAUGGCGAGGACGGCAACGAAAUGGUGUUCUGUGACAAGUGCAACAUCUGUGUGCAUCAGGCAUGUUAUGGUAUACUGAAGGUUCCUGAGGGCAGCUGGCUUUGUCGUACCUGUGCACUGGGCAUCUUUCCCAAAUGCCAUCUGUGUCCUAAAAAAGGUGGGGCCAUGAAACCCACUCGCAGUGGCACCAAGUGGGUCCACGUCAGCUGUGCUCUCUGGAUACCAGAAGUAAGGAUGCAUGCAAGUCUUAUAAAGUAAUUUUGUUAAAGGGGUCAUG